CUUCUCACCAGAUGGAACUACUUUAGCAUCUGCCAGUUAUGAUAGGUCAAUAUUUUAUGGGAUAUUAAGACAAGAAAAUAAAAGGCCAAAUUAGAUGGUCAUACUAAUUCUGUCCAAUCAGUAUGCUUUUCACCAGAUGGAAUUACUUUAGCAUCUGGUAGUGACGAUAA